UCAAAUUCUUAACGCAUAUAUAAACAGCAAAAGUUCAGUCACAAGUAGUCUCCCAAACAUUUCAAAACUUUUGCAGCCAUAUGGGUUCACUUCAAAGCGAGACUAAUAAUACAUUUGGCGUAAUAAUGGAGCUUCAGCAGCUCGAUAUAGCCAAUGACGACGCUGCUCUUAGUAAUCGUACAACUGAUCAUCAUCAUCAUCAGAUCAAAACAUCAUCUGAUCAGAUGGUCCUCAACACUCCUGAUCCUCCAACCUUCUGGCAUGAGCUUCUUUCAACAAUCAAAGAGCCUCUGUGUUCCAAGAAAAAAGAAAAUAUUCAUACCAAAAAUAUUAACCAUUGUUCUUCGUUCCUUCUGACUCUUUUUCCCAUCCUCCGAUGGGGAAGGCAUUACAAGUUGUCUAUGUUCAAAAAUGACUUCAUGUCUGGUUUAACUCUGGCUAGUCUUAGCAUUCCUCAGAGCAUAGGAUAUGCAAAUCUAGCAAAGCUUGAUCCACAGUACGGCCUCUACACAAGCGUUGUCCCACCUCUAAUUUAUGCACUAAUGGGGAGCUCAAGAGAUCUAGCCAUAGGACCAGUAGCUGUGGUUUCAUUACUAAUAUCCUCUUUGGUUCCGGAGAUUCAAGACCCUGCAACUGACCCUGUAGCCUACACCAAGCUUGUUUUCACUGUCACCUUCUUUACAGGGGUUUUCCAAGCUUCCUUUGGAUUCUUUAGAUUGGGUUUUCUGGUGGACUUUCUUUCUCAUGCUGCAAUUGUGGGAUUCAUGGCCGGAGCAGCCAUCGUUAUUGGUCUUCAACAACUUAAGGGUCUACUUGGGAUUACUCACUUUACUACCAAAACUGAUGUGGUCUCUGUGUUGAAAUCCGUUUUCAGAUCACUAUUGCACGAGCCAUGGCACCCUUUGAACUUUGUCCUCGGUUGUUCAUUCCUGAUUUUUCUCCUAAUUGCCAGACAUGUUGGUAGAAGAAAUAAAAAACUCUUCUGGUUGCCAGCAAUAGGACCUUUAAUAUCAGUUGUAUUAUCCACUCUAAUAGUGUACUUAACAAAAGCUGAUAAGCAUGGAGUGAAUAUAGUAAAACACAUCGAUGCAGGCAUUAAUCCAAUCUCUGCUACAAAACUACAGCUCACGGGUCCACAUGUGGCACAAGCUGCCAAAACAGGACUCAUUUGUGCUAUCAUUGCUCUCACCGAGGCAAUCGCUGUGGGUCGAUCUUUUGCUUCCAUUAAAGGAUACCAUCUCGAUGGUAACACAGAAAUGGUAGCCAUGGGUUUUAUGAACGUUGCAGGAUCUCUUACUUCAUGCUAUGUGGCUACUGGCUCGUUCUCAAGAACAGCAGUGAACUUCAGCGCAGGGUGUCAAACAGUGGUGUCCAAUAUAGUAAUGGCCAUAACUGUGAUUUUGUCACUAGAAUUGCUAACAAAGCUCUUGUACUACACUCCCACGGCGAUCCUGGCUUCUAUCAUUCUCUCAGCUCUUCCUGGUCUCAUUGACAUUAACGAAGCCCUUCAUAUCUGGAAAGUUGACAAACUAGAUUUCCUCGCUUGCAUUGGUGCUUUCUUUGGUGUUUUGUUCGCCUCAGUUGAGAUCGGUCUACUAAUUGCGAUAAGCAUAUCUUUUGGAAAGAUAUUAUUACAUGCAAUUCGACCAGGGGUGGAGUUGAUUGGGAGAAUUCCAAGAACAGAUAUGUUCUGUGAAAUCACCCAAUAUCCAAUGGCUACAAAAGCUCCACCGGGCAUCUUGACCAUCAGCGUCAACACUGCCUUACUUUGUUUUGCUAAUGCUAAUUUCGUAAGACAAAGGAUAAUGAGAUGGGUGAAAGAAGAAGAGGAAAAUAAUGGUACAGAAGAGUCGACUCGUGUAAAGGAAAGAGUUCAAGUAGUUAUCCUUGAUUUGUCCAUCGUGAUGAAUAUUGACACUUCGGGAAUUUCCGCACUAGAAGAACUUCACAAAAAUUUGCUUUUGCAUGGAAUAGGAUUAGCAGUGGCAAAUCCAAAAUGGCAAGUGAUUCACAAGCUAAAAUUGGCCAAGUUUGUUGACAAAAUUGGAAAAGAGAGGAUUUUCUUGACGGUAGGUGAAGCUGUAGAGGGAUGUCUUGGAUCUAAAUUAGUGGCUAAUUCUGAAAUUAUUAACUGUUAAUUAGAUUUAGAUGCAUGACCUGUAGUCCGUCACUCUAUGAGUACUUAUAAUAGUUUCCAAAGCUACAUAUAUGUCUAGCAUUUUGUGGGGGAUAUAUAAUUAUGAUAUGGUAGCUUUGAGUUUUGUCAGAAAAAUAUUGUAAAAAUAAUAAUGAAUAAUAAAAGUAAAAUAAAAGAAGGUGAUUACAAUAUAA